GACGCAGGAUCAGAAGCCUUGCUCUCCUCGUGCACGCACCGAUUGAGGGGCUGCAUUAUUUAUUAAUUAUCGUCAGCUCAAUCGUUUGUUGUUAGUUUUCGUUAUUUAAAUUUCCGGUCAACAGGAAAUCUGUCGCGAUUAUUUUCGCGAGUGACAUUUGUUUGGCUUCGUUAAAUCACAGAUUCAAAAUGAAAGGAGCAAUAAUACUAUUGGUAUCGUGUCUUGCGAGCGCGACCCUCGCAAAUCCAAUGGAUAAAAUUGAAAAAAUCGGAGUAAUUGAUCACCAGCAGCAGCAGCAGACUGUGACCUUGACUGAUCGUGCAAAGUACGAGGAGGAGCUUAUGAGAAAAUUAAAUAACAAGUGCUCUCAAAAUGACAUAAGCAGUUGUGUAAUGCUUAAACUUGUAACAUAUAUGAAUAAGUUAUUAAAAAAAGCGUCAAUUGAACUGACAGAUGACAUCGAGAUAAGAAAAACAAGUCAGGCUACUGAAGAAGUCAUAACUUAUGAAGCCGGGCGCAGCAAAGACGACGACUCGGAGUUCAUGGAUUUGGUAACUGGUAAAAUAUAUGCCUUCGUCAAGUCCAGAAGCAUCAAAUGGCGAGUUUUACCUGAGGAUGACGUUGUCGUUUCCGCUUCUGAAGACGAGACCGGGUCUUUAAAUCUCGGAUUGUCUCUCGAACGCGCUGACAAUUCGCUUAUUGAUGCUCGAGGAAAAAAAGGCAACAACAUGGGCCCACUUUUGGCGGCGGCAGUACUAAAAAUCGGUCUCAUUGGGGCCUUGGCUUUCAAAGGUCUGGCUUUACUGGUCGGUAAAGCUCUGCUCCUUUCGAAGAUCGCUCUCCUGUUGGCCAGCAUCAUCGGUCUGAAGAAAUUAUUCUCGCAUCAAAAACACGUCACCUAUGAAGUUGUGGCGCAUCCGCAUCAUUCCGCGAGUCAUUCGUUCAGCGAAGGCCACGGCGGUGGGCAUGACAGUUACUCAAGUGGAUGGGCGAGAAACUUCCACGGGCAAGUGUUACCUACUGAGCAACGAGCCGCUCAAGAGCUCGCGUACUCCGCUCACGUUCCAGCUGCUGUUUGAGCUGAUGGAAACCACGAGCACGAACUUUACCCACGAUCAAUCUUUAUAAAUAUAUUUAUUUUAUUUAUUUAUUUAUUUAUUUAACUUUACUUUAUCUUUAUCUUCUUAUCGACUUGAAAUAUCAUCCGCUCAUUUUACCCCCUCUUUAUUCAUUCAUUCAUCAUUUUUUUUUCUUACUUGAUUUUCAUCUGUAUAUUUGAAAAUUUUGAAACGAACUGGGACGUGAUUUUUUUCUUACGCUGACUAAACAAACUUGACUCGAAUAUACACGAGACUCAUACAUUUUUUUUUAUACAUAAGCACUUGUACAGACUAAAAAUUACUGACGAUUAAUUUUAGUGCACAAGACGGACAUGGAAAAAAUUAACGUAGACGACACAGUAUUUUUUAUUUUUUAAUUGUUAUUUAUUUAUUAUUGUCAUUGUUAUUAUUAUUAUUAUUAUUAUUAAAUUGUAUAAAAUUAUAUAUGACGACUCGAGUUGAAGAUCAUGGGUCUAAUGAUCUUUUAAUUAUAACUUUUGGUAACUUUAGUUUGUAAAAUAUAAUUUUUGAAAUUUUUACAUUAAUAAAUUAUAAUUUUUGUAUUUUAACUUGUGAUAAUUUAAAUUAUUAAAUUUAACCAAAUUUCUAAAGUCAUAAUUUUGAGAAUUCAA